AUGUUGCUGCGGUACCCGGUGGCCAGAACGACGGCGUCGAUGUCCAUCAUCCGGCCGUCGGCGAGCUCGACCUUGGAGCGGAAGAACCUCCGCACCGCCGGAACGACGGCGACCUCGCCAGACCUGAUCUUCCCCACGGCGCCGAUGUCCAAAACGGGGGUCUUGCCGCCGGCGUACUUGAGCUCGAGGGGGCCCAUUGGGGGCCGCCGGAGGCCGAGCUUCUGCACGUUGCCCAGGACCAGCCACGACAGGAGCAGGAGGAUCCUGUCGACCAGCCGCAACGGAAGCCACUUCAUCAGGAACGCUGCCAGCUCGAACGUUGACUUCCCCAGAACUUCCCUUGGCAGGACGUGCACCUGUUCCACCAUUGACCCGUUAAUAUCCUCUGUUCUUGGUUGAGAAAUCGCAGAGGGAGAUUGGGGGGUUUCUGUGCUUACCGAGUCUCGGACAACCAUGGAAGGGAAGGCCGAGUGGUGGGCGAGGUCGAGGGAGAGCUCCAUGCCGGAGUUGCCGCAGCCGACCACGAGGACCUUCUUCCCCCGGUACUCCUUGCCGGACUUGUAG